AUGUCCCAGAGCGACAGGAUACGCCACAUUACUGAAGGCAGAAACAACCUCGCCUUCAAAGUCCUUGACCCGCUGCGCGAGCAGCUGGACGGCAGGCUGCUCGUGUACACGGAUGGCUCCGUGCUCUCCAAUGGCUCCGCAGCGGCGGCAUGUACCAUCCCAUCUGAGGGCAGGACCAGGCAGUGCCGACUUCCUUUUCGCGCGAGCUCCACAGCAGCUGAGCUUGCGGGACUCCACCUGGCUGCAGACCUCCUGGCUGAGGACCCCCCGACAAAACCAGUGUUUGGUGGCUUUGACAAGUCUGGACAAAAAAUUUGUCGAGUGUUCGAAAGCUUGUCUUCCAUAGCAUCGUCAAUUCUUUGUUUUAAGAGAGCGUUGUUGAGAUAUGUCCUAAUCAAGACAGAAAGUGUUCUGAAUAUUGACUUUUAUUCACAGGUGUCAUACCACAGAUUCCCAAGAGACCAGGACAUAUACAAAAAGUGGAUUGCAGCCAUCAGGCGAGAUGAAGGCCCACUCUUCACAGUUUCGAAGGCCACCAGGGUCUGCUCUCUCCACUUUCUUGAGAGUGACUUUGUUGCUAAUGUUGCUAAUGGUUACCGACACUUACACCAGUCUGCUGUGCCAUCCAUAUUUUUAUUCAAGCAGCCAAAGCCAUCGAGAAAACCACCAGCUCAACGGGCACCACUUCAGAAAGUUGCAUUAUCGAAAAGGAAGUGUAACGGUAAUGUUCAAGGGCUUUCCACUACAGGACAAAAGGUAGACACCCAUAUCGAUAACCAAGCAGAUGACAAGGAAAACUCAGCAGAUGGAUGCAACAAAAAUACAUUCAGUGAAGGCACUGACGUCUUCAAUGUUGAAGAUACGGGCUCCAGUUUGCUUCCUGACAAACCGCAACAGUCACCAGAAGAACCAGCCUCUGGAAGUAUUUGUGCAUGCAGAGAAAAUAUUUCUGCCCUAGAGCAGGAGCUGGCUGCAAGCAAAGCAAGCGGAGCAGAUACAGAAGCUGAAAAUCAUCACCUGAAGCUGCAAGUAAGCUCUUUAAGAAAAACUAUUGCUGUCCUAGAAGAUAAACUCGCUGUAAGCAAAGCAACCGAAGCAGAAAAUCAGCGCCUGAAGCUGCAAAUAAAGGCUCAAAAUAAUGAAUUAAAGCUGCUUCGCACAGAGCUUGUAACUGCACAGAAAAAUAUUGAGAAGCUGGAAGAAUUUCCUCCAUUUGGAAUUCAAAGAUUCAAGGACAACAAUGAUGACAUUGCGUUUUACACUGGACUGCCCAGCUACAAGCACUUCUGUGCUCUCAUGCAUCUCCUUGAUUUUGGGGAAAAUGGUGAAAACAUUGCACGCAAGCGUACGAGGAGCGGGCUACGAAAUGUUGAGUAUAGUGGUCGGCGACACAAGAUUGGUAUGGAGAACCAGCUCUUUCUUGUGCUUGUUAAACUUCGAGUUGGCUUAUUUCACAGACACAUCGGCCACUUGUUCAACGUCUCCAUCAGCACAGUGUCAAGAAUUUUUUCCGCAGUGCUUGACUAUAUCUAUUUGCAGGUAACAGAAAUGACAACAUGGAUAUCACGACAAGCUAUUGAUGCUGCCAUGCCAUGUGCUUUCAAGGAAAAAUAUCCAUCAACACGUGUCAUCUUGGAUGCCACUGAGAUUAGAUGUGAUGUGCCAACAUCUUUCGUGACGCAGUCACAAGUCUAUUCCUCGUACAAGUCUACCGAUACGUUCAAAGCACUCAUAGGCAUAUCCCCUCAUGGAGUACUGACUUUUGUUUCGGAACUAUUUACUGGGUGUACGUCUGACAGAGAGUGUGUGGAGAAGAGUGGAUUUUUAGACCUGAAGUUUGACACAGGUGACUCAGUCAUGGCUGACAAGGGAUUUAAAAUAAAAGACCUGCUACAAAGCAAGAAAGUUAUGCUGAACAUUCCACCCUUCCUCAUGCAUGGGCAAUUUACUCCCGCCAAAGUGGAGGAGACUCAGGAAAUUGCAGCAAUCAGAAUACAUGUGGAGAGGAAGAUCAAGAAAAUCAAGGGAUAUCACAUUUUUGACCGGUCGAUUCCAAUCUCCCUUGUACCCUUAGCGAAUCAGAUGUGGGCUGUGUGUGCCUUCCUUACAAACUUCCAGCCAUCACUUCUAAAAGAAGACACAACCUGAUCUAAUCCACAGUGUUCCUUAAAGACACUUAUUUGCUAGUCAUAUGUCAAUCCUCACUGCCUCGUGGUGCUGCCCUCCUCUUGUGUGCAAUAAAAUGUUUGCAGCCCUACUUGUCUUUUCGACAUGCCAUUUUUGCAUUGUUUUCUGCAUCACAUCAGAUUACAGUGCUCGACAGGUAUGGCAGCAGUGUGUCAAAGUAAAAGUUGUCGAGCACCUCUCUGGCACUUUUCCAUUCACUCUCAUUAAAUCUUAUUCUUUCGAUCAAAAUAAAA